GUCUCCUCGUCCGAUGGCCGCAGCUUCUGUCCAGCGAAGCCCCAAUUAUUGCCCCCGCAGCGUGAGCGCGCAGCAGGCACACUCACGCCAUGGCGCAGCUUCUUCCCAGCGAAGCCCCAUCGCCCCCGGCAGCGGAGGCAGCAGCAGGCACACUCACGCCGAUGUCCAGGACGCCAGCGCGUCUAUCGGACGAAGAGCAGGCCAGCCGGACUCCAGCCCGGCAUCCGGGAGGAAGGAAUACCAGCAGAUGGCGCACCGGUGGGACGCGAGGGAGGUGGCGCCACACGUCGAGGUCGCUGACACCAGGGGGCCCCACACGAAGAGUUACGAGGAUCACAUGGCGUCGCUGAGAGCUGCUAAGAAGGUGGCUCCCUCUGUUGACGUGUUUAACGGCCCGACCUCUCCCCUCGCCUCGCCGCGAGGGAGCGCGAAAUCUGUGAAGAGUGCGGAGGCCGUAGAGAAACGCAGGAGGUGGAGGAAGAGAAGUGAGGUAGAGAAACGCAGAGGUGGAGGAAGAGAGUGA